AUGGGGCCGAUGCUGCAACGUGGGGGCAAGCUCUGGCUGCAGCUAUUAGUAUUUGUCGACGUAUGGGCCAAGCCGAAGACGAUAUCAGCCACCUCCGAAGCCGUUGUGGAAUGGACGUCGACGACACCCAGCAGUACAUCUUGCGCCACCGGCACCGGCACCGUGCCUCGCGGCAUGCAGUACUCCAUGUUCGACAGCGGGUUCGCUGAUGGCUUCGACCCGGCGAGCCUCGGCCUCAGCUUCCCCGCCAGGCUGCUCUUCACGGACAACUGCACCUACGCGGCGGACGGCUGCGCGCAGCAGCAGCACAAGGCCCAUGGGAACGAGAUGGAGCAGUGGACGGCGGCGCUGAUGGACAGCUUCCCAUUCACGUACGCCAUGGGUCAUCAGAUGUCUGGACCGCCAGCUGAGGCAACGCCCAUCGCAAUAGCAGAGAUGGAGGGCAUGUUCCACUCCCACCUCGCGCUACAAAGCGGCGGUGGGGGCAAUGGCGAUGAGGGGAAAUGCCACCAGUUCCACCACCCCCCGAGCAAGAGAGAUCAGCGGCAGCAGCAUUACCGGAGCAACAAGGGUAUAUACAGGCACGUGGUCAAUGGCAAUGGCAGCGGCUGCUACAAUUUCUAUUCCAGCACUAGCAGUACGCAGCUGCUCCUAAUUAGCUAG